UCCCCCAGUUUGAUUAAGUACUAUUUUGGAGCCCAAGCCGCUUGCUGCGUGUGCGCGCCAGGUGGAUUCACGGGUGUAUAAACCCCACAGGGCGUGCAUUCCGUAGCACAGGCACUGUGGAGUUACCUGUGGAGUUACCUGUAUGUGCACAGAGUGCACACCGGGCCCCGGCUUCGCCUGGCUUGCUGCUACCUGCCGGCGGUGGAACAAGAAAGGACCGUGUGCGACACUGAGCGCGACGUCAACAGGUGAGAGAAGGAGACAUUCACUGACAGCAGCGACACAGUCGUGCACAGGUAGACAGACAGUCUGCAGUCAGGUACCUUCAGGUAAACACACACACCGGCCACGACUAGUGUCAGGGAGGAACUUUCGUGGAAUUCAUGGAACUGAAAACCUUCUGUGUUUAAAGUGGGAGGCACGAAUUUAAAUUUUCUUCCGUUGUGGAUAUCGACUUGACCCCUGACCUGUGGAGGUCGGAAGCAGUGCCUGAGAAAGUGAGGAGACACUCGAGGGAAGGCAUUUCAUUUACCUGGAUAUUCCUCCACCUGUUCCUAUCCUUGUGUGAACACAGCCGCGAGUUGCAAGGUCGAUGACUGUGGAGUGUGGAGUUACAGGGAAGGUGAGAGGCGGUGGGAGUUGUUACCUGUCCUGUCAUGUGAUGCACAUUCCAGCAGUCAGCGCAGAGACUCACGCGUGGAUUUACGCACGACAGACGAACUAAAUGUGACCGAUGAUCGAGCCUCCAUAGAAUGCAGAAGUGAUGGACAUGAAAAAAGCCGUCGAAGCAAUGUAUCGCCCUCGAUCAUCAACCUCAACUUCCACGCAGACAUCGUCGUCGAGUGGCUGAGCUAUCUGGACCUUAGCACAGACCUCUUCCAUGUGAAACUGAACGAGCUGUGACGUCAUAUCCGGAAUGAAAGGUCCGGAGACAGAGCCAGAUGACGGUGAAGUGAUGUGUGUCUCGGGAGCCUGGCGUUGGAAUAAAAGAAGUCUGACAGCCCCGUGUCAGCAGCACUCACCAGCAGAGUCGUCGCUGUCAUUGCUGUCGUCGUCGUCGACCCUGCGCAGCGCCACAGAGCCUGAGGGUGGAUACUCGCUGCUGCUGCUGCCACCUGUAGUGUGCCGCCGAGUCCGCCAACGCACGUGCACAAGGACGCGAAAAAAGCCGCAAUGGUGGACGAGAGACUUCAUGAUCUUCACCUUGCUCGUUACCUUCAUCUCUUUUCUGGGAUAUAGCACAGCGCUGGAGGAAGAGAGCUCAGACUUCCGGUUUACUACCUACAAAGAAUUGCUAAGUCAGACGUCGAAUUUUCAACACAAUGGCCUCGUGGGCUACACGCAGCUCGUGCUGGAUGAGUCACGUGACCAGGUUCUGGUGGGCGGAAAGGACAUCCUUUUCCGACUGUCUCUCGAUAAUCUAUCAGAGCUGGAGGUCGCAGAUUGGAGUUCGAACUCCAACACUACAGGAAAAUGUUUGUCCACAGGCCAACCUGAGGAGAGCUGCCACAACUUUCUGCGCGUGUUAUUGCUGCAUCGAGGGAACCGUGUGCUUGCUUGCGGCACGAACUCUUUUGAUCCUCUUUGCACCUGGAGAACGGCCGAGAAACUUAGUGAUGUCACAGAGGAGUUCUCUGGGCGUGCUAUCUGCCCGUACGACCCCCGCCACAAUACGACAGCUCUGAUGACAGACAACGGCGACCUCUACGCUGCCACUGUCAUCGACAUCCUGGCCAGAGACCCCGCCAUCAACCGCAAGAUCGGACCUUCCCCGAUUCUGCGCACGGAGCAGAUGAAUUCAAAAUGGCUAAACGAGCCCAACUUUGUGUCCACGUACGAAUUCGGGAACUUUGUGUAUUUCUUUUUCCGGGAAACUGCUGUGGAAUACAUCAACUGUGGGAAGAAAGUUUAUUCAAGGGCAGCCCGUGUUUGUAAGACUGACCGAGGUGGCGCCAUCUUUCUGGAGGGCAAGUGGACAUCUUUUCACAAAGCCCGCCUCAACUGUUCGUUACCUGGGGACUUUCCUUUCUACUUUGAUGAGCUCCAGAGCACAUUCUACUCCUAUGAAGAAAAGAAAGUCUACGCCAUCUUCACGACUCCUCCAAACAGUAUAGCGGGAUCGGCCGUGUGUGUCUAUAACAUGACCUCCUUCGAGGAAGCCUUUAACGGGCCUUUCAAGCAUCAAGAAUCGGCGAUGUCAGCGUGGAUGAGGCACGACAACGAUUUGUCAGAGACCGAGUUAAAAUGCAACUCAGACACAGGCGGGAAUAAGCGGUCGUCGGAGAAGUCGACAAACCACCUGGUGAUGGGCAUGAAGUACCAGCUGAUGGACCAGGCAGUGCAGCCGGCCACAAUCUCACCUCUCGUUGUCCGCGAACAAGAAAGGUGGACUCACAUCGUAGUGGAUCAUGUCGAGAGCAAGACGCACCCGCUGGAGGUCUUCUUUCUGGCCACAGACGACGGCAAGAUACAGAAAAUGGUGCGUCUGCCCGGCAAGUCGGUGACGUGUCUGCUGGAGGAGAUCAAAAUCGUCCCCAACGGCCGGCCUCGGCCAGUCAAGGCCAUGAAGCUGUCGUCGUUGAAAGGCGCUAUCUACUUGUCCACAGACGGAAAUGUUCUGAAAGUACCUGUACAGCGAUGCCACAAUUUCUCAGAUAGAAGAACGUGCCUGGCAGCCCGGGAUCCUUACUGUGGAUGGGACACCCUGAGACAGAAGUGUACCCUUCCUCCUGAAGACAAUCCGCGAGCCGAGUACUGGGAGCAAGACAUCACCGACUGUCCCAAUACAGAGUAUCCACAGGAUGGCGGCUGGUCCCGCUGGACUCCGUGGAGCAAAUGCCAGAAUGUAGGCGGCGAUUCCAUGAUGGAGCAAUGCCUGUGCAGAUCACGGUCAUGUGACAAUCCACAACCAAUCAAUGGUGGAAGUCCAUGUAUUGGUGCAAGUAUGGAGGUGGCCAACUGUACAGUUCAUGGUCAGUGGACAGAGUGGUCGGAGUGGUCAGCCUGCUCACAAACUUGCUGGGUUCGCGUUCCGUAUAAGAAAGCGGCAGUGUGGCAAUCCCCCGCCCAAGUACGGAGGUCGCAUGUGUGCGGGACAGGACACAGAGAAACAGUAUUGCAGCGGCAGUCCGGAAUGUUCCCACUUUCUGCAGAAGCAGAAUUCGUGCCCCCAGUGGACGGCAAGUGGUCCCUGUGGUCUGGCUGGAGCGCGUGCACAAAGGAGUGUAAUGGAGGCAUUCAGACGAGGCGUCGCUCGUGCAAUCAGCCGGAACCGAGUCGCUCGGGCGUGCCGUGCGAGGGCAACAAGCAAGAGUGGCGCAUGUGCAACACGCAGGAUUGCGAGGGUAUGUCUCACUCUUCCGCGUCCCGUGCCGGUUUCCUGUGGUCCACUUUGCUGUUGGUUUGCUUGUACUGGGCCUCUCCUGACUUUUUAUUAUCCUGGAAAUAUCCGGAAGUCACCAGAAUCUCCCCGUGGACAGAGUGGAUUCAAACCAAUCGCACGACAGGCGGUUACUUUGAACAGCGGUUCCGCUUCACCUGCCGUGCCAGCGUUCCCAAACGGAAACUGAUUAAGACGUCGUUCGCAAAGUCGCAGGCGCGUUUCUGCCACAACAACGGCCACGGCUGCCAGACGUCAGGUGAGCUGAGGAAUUCCAUCACAUCUAUAGACGCUUUCACUUCCGUAGACCGAGUGCUGCGGAAGUUCUGCCGCUACAAGCGGAAACUCUUUCAGAAGUACUGCAACUGUCGCACCCUGGGCGUGUUCCUGGUUUGUCAGAAAUGCGGCUACGGAUGACAAGUCGCCCCGGAAUACUGGGAGGUCUUGCUGGGCUACCUACAAGCGCUGCCAAACUACUUCUGGGAGCCAACUCCGCAAUGAAGCAGCGGAGACGCCGUUGGUAGAGCGUGCCUCUGAAAGGCUCUGUUGCAGUCAACGAACAUUGACAGGAAAAGGUCGUCUUUGAUUGUUCUGUUUUUCUACUUCGUUAGGGGAUAAUGAAUUGAUAAUAACAGUGGGAAGAACUACAGAUCUUGACCGGAAACUCCCUUUACAGCAGGGUCUCAAGUAUGUGUGUCCAAGAAGAAAAUGUUUAAUUUCUAUAGCAUUAGCUGUACGAGAUAAGAUCUGAAACUAGCACUGUAUGAUGAGGAUAGAAAAUUUUCAGUUUGGUAUAAAUAAUUUGUAAUGUCUGUGCAGAGACAAAUUCUCUUUUAAAUAAUAGUUUGUACAAACACGAAACGAUCUAUGUGGUAAUUAGAUGAUGUGGUAUUUCUUCAAAAAAGAAAACGGAAAUUGGAAACUCAAGGAACAUUCUUAUUCGACCUCCUGAUCACGUGGUGCAGCCAGACGCCUGCACGUUUUGCCUCUGACAAUGGCUCCUAACAAUAAUGAACUAAUUAGUGCCAUGCUGAAAGAAGAGGUCGAUAUCGAUUGUGAAAGAGUGACGGGAAGUGCUUUUUGCAGCAAAGCCAUGAUCUACAUAAACGCAAGCUAUUAUUUCCAUUCGUAAGCGAUGUUGUGGAUGAAAUGCAGUGCCACCUGCUGUGCGAAGUGAUAUUACAUGGACCGACAUCCUCACAAGCCCCACUCAUCAUCCUGUCUCUGUCUAAGACAGGACAUUGAAACUUCGCUUCAACGUUGUACAAUGGUUGCAGGUCGGGGAUGGAGGUGAGGCAGGAAAGGUGCGUUAGUGUAGAUCUUUCUAAUCAGCUUUAUGAGCACCAAACAUCGUGUGGAGUCCUGACGGUUCAUAAACAUGGCCGUGGGACAAAGUACCUAAGCACACAACGCACACUGGUAUUUAGCGUCCACUAAAAAAGAUUGCCAAGAUCUGUGACUAUUUGGCCAAAGCACUGUCCGAAAAGGUCCGGUAAUGCAAAGAUGGCGCACACGUGUCACGUGUGUCUACGCCGGAGAAGAGGAAAUGUUCGUUUGUCAAACGUAAACGCCGAGUUUGGAUAUCUACGAGUGAUAAACGCUCGUUUUCAUGUAACAGGCACAUUUUCGGACAGUGUCGACACAGGCGCCCACCUGUCUUUAUUUUCUAAACACUUUUUCCAGAAGAGACAACUCUAUAGGCCUAGUAGUAAUAAUCACCCUCAGCCCCCAAACACAAUUAGUGUGAAGCCACCCACCUUAUCAGCUUAUGUUGACACUCUGCUUAUUUAAGCAUGAUUUUACAGCUUGCAUGCCAUCUUGAAUAGCUGACUGCAUCUCCACACAACACCAGCCGACACCUCUUAUUUGUUGUAGAAAGUGCAUGUGACUAGAACGCUCUCCCUUGUUUCAAGCAUGGACACUUUAUGUUACGCAGCGCUCGUUAUACAGACUUUGCCAGCAGAUCGAAAAAUUCGAACUUCGGUUCGGAUUUUUAUGUCAAAAUUUCCCAGUAUUCCGACGGCUAAGCCGUACUCUACGUUGUAUAUAUUCUGACUUAUUUGGAAAAUGUUUUAUCUUGUUUUGCUCAAGUGCUUACUUGAUUUAAUGAUGGUUCUGUUUUUUGUUGGUUUUUUUUUUUAUUUGUUUUUUUUAACCCUCCUGUUCACUGUACUUGUUUCAAUUUUGUUCAAAUUGAACUUGCACAAAAGUGGUCACCAUCGUUUCUGGACAAAUCAUUGAAAUAUUUUAUAUAACUUGAAAUGUUUAUUUAUAGUUGCACUAUUGUUAAUGUACUCAGUCUCCUUUGACCUUUGUUCAGAAGAGACAGUAUGGUCCCGGCUAGCUUGCCAUGAUGUACACUUAGGUUGCUGACUCGGCUUAAAAAAAACAAUAACUAGCGAUACUUAUUUAAAGAUCCUGAAUUGUUUUUGAAUAGAGAACAAAGGGCAAUAUCUGACUGUGAUUCCGCAGUUUCAGACGUGCUUCUAAAAGGACAAACAAGCCAACAAUUUUGGAAAAAAGUAGAUGGGAACGAAAGCAGAUGAUGAUGGUGAUGAAGAUGAUAUGUAUAAAUUCAUUGAUUUUGUCGUGUUUGCGCCAGUAGAAUUUAUCAAGAUUUACUUGUUCAAGGGCCUUGUAUCAGACAUGUUCCUGCUGACUCAACCUAAACUCGUUGAAGAAGAUUGAACUCUGCGACCCUGACACCUGUUAUACAGUUAUGCGGACGCUUCAUUAAGAAAGUUUAAAUUCUAAACUUUAUUAUUUAACUGAAGCAAAUUUUUGUCAUCUACAGCGUUUGUAAGACAGUUUCUUGCUACCGCAAAAUAACGCGCCUUUUCUCACUCCUGUCACCUUUUGGUCUCCGGUUUUGAUGAUAGUGAUGACGACGAGGACUACAAAAUGGGGAUGACGACAACGAUGAUGACAAUGAACGACACGAGGAAAGCAAGCCGAUCAUUGCUUUAGUAAUGAAAGAAAUAUUAAUAAUAAAACGGUCUCUCUCUCUCACUCCCACCCUUCAUCUCUCUCUCACACACACGCGUUCACAUUUAUCACAACCCCCGUUGACAGUCGUUGAUAUUCUUCGGAAAAAUUCAGAUUGUUGAUUUCCUUUUAUGUGUAAUACGCAAUUUAUUGUCAUCUUCCUCUAGAUGCAUCAUUACCUUUCAAACUUAAAAAUGACUUUUUCGUGAUAAGCGCCUCGAUGACCACUAGCUUUGUCAUUUACCCGGAUCAUUCACAAUAGUCUCUUUCAGUAAGCUGAGCAUCUCUUUUAGAAAAGAUUUGCUUCCCUUUUAAAAUUACUUUUCUUCCUUUUUCGCAACGAAUUAUUACAUUAUGCAUGCAUUAGGGCUGACAGUGAAGCUGAAACAGACUUGCUCAAAGGGUUGUUCAUCAUUCACUUUUAUGACUACAAGCACUGCCACAGGAUGUAACAUGUUUGACACCAAAAGAACAGCAUUCCAACAUUUAAAACAAUAUGUCAAGCGUACUUUGUAAAAGGUGACGGUAAAGACCUAUUUUGUUUUAAAACUUUCAAGAAAGCAUUAACAUAACAACCUUCAGAAACAAUCAUUCAGCUAGCCCUAUGAUCAUCAUUAUUUUAUAGUUUGGCGCGACCACAUGUUUCAAUUUCUUGUCUCAUGAUUUGGGAGACAGGAAACUUGAAAGGUUGGUUAUUUAACAAGAGAAAUCAAUGUUGUUUGUCGUCGAAUAUAUAUAUUUUCUGGAAACCGCUUGUGACUAGAUCUUCACGUCUGUUGUAAAACUGAUCUUUUGGAAUAUAUCUGUUGUACGGUUGUUCACAUUUAGACUAAAUUACAAACUUGCCUUCUCCAUUUAGUUUUUUCUCUGCUCGAAUUAUUUAUUUAUUUGUUUAUUUAUUUGACUAGCUGCAUUAUUAUGAAUUGCUGUCGGCGUAGCUGUAUAGUUGCAUGUUGAAGCAUUUCUGUCAGCUGAAUCCUUAUUAUUUCUUUGUUUUAUUUGUCCACCGUCUUCUCCACUCAGCCUUUUGCAUUUUACUUAAUAACAGUAAGAUCUUUUAUCUCGCGCCGUCUAUCCCACACGUGCUGUCAUGGCUUCAUUUUUCUGUCUUUGCACAGUUCUCACAAACAAGUAGGUUCUGGCCACUAUUUGCUGGUACAGAGUCUGUACUAGUUAAACUAUUUAGCAUCUGUAUGACAGUCCUUAGUAAACCACCAAAUCCAGUGUAUGGCUCCUUGCACUGACAUGUCCCGUAGCCUGGCAUUAAGUGCAUUAAGGUCAUGGCAUGGAGUCAAACCCACACAUCGGAUGAGGAUAAUAAAUUAAUCAAAAAGUUAUUUUUAAUUUAAACACAGCAUGUUGUGUUGUUUUCUCUCUGACCACUGCAUUUGUAUGUCCAGCCGACGACAUUGAAGCUGUGGUUAAAAAAAAUGCUUUUAGAAAUUUACUUGAUCAGUAUUAUUCGGCACUUAAAAAGAACUGUCUUCCUUUGCGGUCUCUUACCUGUCUGCAUAUAUUAAAAGAUCUAUUAUUCACAGACAGAUUACUAUAUUUAUUUGUACACACCGUAAAUGACGGUUGUUGAUAAAUUGACGAAAUAAAAGAAAUGAUAGUUACCGUACAUUUGCAUUGAGAAUUAUAUGAUUAUGUGGAAUAAAUGUAUUUUAUGCUGCUGUUCAUGUUGUAGUAACACAUAGACCCACAAUCCAUUGCGUGAUCCUCUUACAUUUCGGUGGACUGACAUGACGCAUGAUAUCAAGGGAGACUUUCCCCAUAAACACAUUGUCUUCUAGUCAUCGCUGUCUUCCCUAAUGUCGACAUCUCGUAGUCCCAGCGAAAAUACCAACAACAUCAUCAAUCCAAUCCUUUCUCGGCCCCUGCAUCAGUGUCGUUGCUGCUGCUGUUAUUCCUCUCCUACCUCUCCUACUACUACUGAUGCUGCUGUUACUACUAGCUUUAUCACUUAGGGUUUUAUUGCCUGUUGGUCUCUUUCUUAUCUUUGUACGAGUAUCUGUAAAGGUUGAAAACACUGAGCCAGUAUUUUUGAGCGAUGUAAAAAUUUAGGGCUGUUCAUAGAGCAGCAUGCCCUAAGGAGAUCGAUUCUUCUGAGUGAGUGAGAGAAAGAGAGAAUAAAAAUGCUCUGAAAGCGUUAUAUUGUCAGACGUUUACAUUCUGCCGUUGCUGUUAAACUCUGUGCACAUGUGCAGCCAUUUUUCGUAAUUUUACUUGUUUAUUUUUUUAUUUAGUAUUACUGGUAUGUGGUGUCUCUUGACUAGAGUCUGAUUGCAACAUAACAAUAUAUUAAGACGUGAGAGAGCAGGUUGUAUUUUUGUGUUUGUGUGUGGCUGGAUGCUUCUUCAUUGCCGAACUUGGAGAGAAAGACUGACUGCAAGGAGCCAGGGAUAUGCAGAUGCAUGUCUUUGAGUGUGUGUGCAUAGUUUAGUGUAGCCCUGUGCAUAUUCACGACUGUGUAAAUAGCAUUGUAAGAUUGUUGGUAAUUUACGUCAAGUAGCUUAAGGCAACAUUUUUUUUUAAUGUAGAGUGAAAAGCAUUUGUUCAGGUCAUGUGUUCAUCCUAAUUUGCAUAAUUUUCCACAAUGUCCUUUGUGAGUAAAAUAUUUUGUUAGAAGUGUCAUGUAGGAUCAACGAGACAAAACUGUCUCUCAUGUAAGAAUGGCAAUGAUCAACAGACGCUCAGAAAACGGGGUCGGUAUUCUGCUUUUUUUUUUUUUUUUUAAUGACGGCUUUAAUUAAUACUACAGAGAUUUUUGAAGAUUUGCUGUUUUCUCUCAGAACCCCACUGGCAUUGAAAAUCUGACAUUGCAGAAAAGGAAGUCCAUUUUUAACAAUUGAUCAGCCUAUUUACUCAGCGUAAAAUAAUGAUAGAGAUAGAAAAAUUGCAUUAUUAAGACUUUUGUGAAGGUGAUAUGGUCACAAAAUGCAUGUUAAUUGUUUGAAUUGCUUAACUAUUAAGGUUUCGUUGAUACGUUGUUGCACCUUUGGGAUUUUUUUGUAUUUUGUUAUCGUGUAAUGUAUUUAGUUUGUACAUUGCAUAGAAUUGUCUGUUAUUUAAUGAAACGAAAUUUUCUACUACUUAUUAUUGUCAUUUGGUCUCAGUGUUUUGAUGAUGAAGGCGAAGCUACAAGAAGGAAGAUUAUGAAGGGCAAAUAAAAAGACAUUUAAAACUUU